AAUUCAAAACAGCAGAUUGAUAACAAAUCAUAAUUUGACCCAGGAACAAUAAAUCCUAGUAUCUUAUCAAUUCAUAUCUUUCCAAAAUGUCUCACCUUCUGCACAAGGUCAAGGAUGCUGUCACUGGUGACAAGCACUCCGACAACCCUUCCUCAACCAACGCCGGCCCUCACAGCUCUAACACCGCCAACAAGGUUGACCCUCGCAUUGAUAGUGACCGUGACAACCGUGCUGCUGGCACCUAUGGAUCUUCCAACACCUACGGAGGCGGCUCUUCCGACACUUAUGGCUCUAACACCUAUGGAAGCGGAUCUUCCAAAUAUGGUCCUCAUGACUCCAACACUGCGAACAAGCUCGACCCUCGCGUAGAUAGCGACAGGGACAACCGCGCUGCUGGUGGAUAUGGCGGUUCUUCCAAUACCUUCGGAACCGGUUCUUCGAACUACGGUCCUCACGACUCCAACCUUGCCAACAAAGCAGACCCUCGUGUCGAUAGCGACCGUGACAACCGCGCUGCUGGUGGUUAUGGCGGUUCGUCCAACGCCUAUGGAAGUGGUUCUUCCAACUAUGGUCCUUACGACUCCAACCUUGCCAACAAGGCAGACCCUCGUGUCGAUAGCGACCUUGACAACCGCGGUACGACCGGUGGCUAUGGAUCCUCGGGUGCUGGCGCCGGCCAUGGAUCUUCUAACACCUAUGGCUCGUCCGACAACUACGGCUCUGGCUCUAACAACUACGGUCCACAUGGCUCCAACGUUGCCAACAAGCUGGACCCGAGAUAUGACUCUGACCGGGACAACCGAGCUCGUCACCAGCAACUCGGCGGCGGUGGUGCCCUUGGCAGCAGCAGCUACAACACCCCAGGCUCUGGAAACACUCGGAAGACUGCUGGCCCGCACGACUCUGACUUUGCCAACAAGCUUGACCCCCGCGUCGACUCCGAUCUGGACAACAGCCGUACCGUUGGUGGAAAUGUCACCAACUACUAGAGUCGCUUCGCGAUAGAUUCGAUAUCCAAUAUCAGCUGUUGAUGGAUGCUACAACGACGCCAAUCCCAAUUCAGAGUGGCGUUCAUGUAUUAUGAUGUUAUGCCUUGUGAUUUCUGUUUGAUUGUGAUAGUAUUUUCGGUUAUACCAUACUGCAGACAUAAUUAUCAACAAUGCCAUGAACAUUUGUGGUCAGGAAAUCUUUUUCUUGCACAGCA